AUGUCGCUACUACGAACAACCUUGAAGAGUAAGGGCGAUUACUCCUCCAAUAACUUGAGGCUCUCUUCCAAAAGAAAACAGAAAAUAGGAUUAGCGGAAGUAAUAAGAGAUACGACUUCAGAGGUCGGGGACAAUUAGACCAACAAUAUUGUUUCUGCCCUGAGGGGAUUUGCAGACCCAAUUUUGUUUUCGGUCCCAAAAAAACAGGAUUUCACUGGCUGGGGAAGGGAAGUGUUUUCGAAAACAACCUCCAUCCAUUGCUACCCUCUGAAUGGCCUUGAAUAAAAAAGUGUUGAGAAAGGUGCGCAAUCUGGUUGAUGUUUCAUAAAAGUCUAAACAGCCCGACGGCCUUUCCCGGCCAGAUAUCCGCUUCUGACCGUCUCUCUUCCAGAUUCCAAUUUCUCCGUGGAACGGCCAAAAAGAGCAAUCGCCGACCCGCCCACCUCCCAAGGAAGGACGACCGGUAAUCUUUAAAUACUUAUUCGAACGUGUACAUAGAUUACGCAACUCUUUUGAAAGCUGUAAACAAAUUUUUUGAAAAUAACAUUUCCGAUUCACAAUGAAGACAACAAAACAUCAAAGAUCACAAGUAAACAGAGCUACAUUACUGCGCAUUACUUUAUCUUUUCAGCCCAUCCAAUUGAAAAUAAAUCGAGAUUUCUGGAAACAACAACAACCCCGAUCCCAGAAACAAAGAAAACCAGAAUACCGUACAAGAGUAAGUACAGGGGGCCAGUCAUACUCACAAAUCCGGCUGUUAAAACUACUACUUCAACUUCUACCACAACUACUGCAACUACAUUUUCCACAACUUCGACUACCGUAUCUCCAACUAAAUCUUCUGUAUCUGAGACUGUGAAAAGGUCUUCAGAACCAACAAAAUCAACUUCAGAUACCUUGAGUAAAGAUUCAGGAGAUGGCUCGUCCAAGUUAUUUAAAAGAGAUUGGACUAGAUUGGGACUGGAAUAUGUUCUUUUCGCUGCACCAGGCCUCGGAAUGCUCGUCUUCUUCUGGCCGGUCACUUUAUUAUGCAAAUUCCAAGGAUCCAGGGUUAUUAUUGGAUUCAGCUUGCUGAUAUCGGCUUUUUUAAUUCUCUUACAACCGUCAGUUCUAAAUUCAAGUAAGUUUACAAAUAUAUUUUGCAUCAGUUUUCAGAUAUCUGGAUAAUUGUAAUCGUCCGUGCCCUCCAAGGGGUCACUUGUUCAUCCACUUUGUCUGUAAUUGGAAAGAAUGCGGCGAAUUGGGCGACUCUCAAAGAGCAAUUAUUCUUUGUCAGCAUAUCUUUUGGAUCCAUCUUGGUACAUUUAGACUUAUUUUUAUAUUGUUCCUUACGAAGAUGUAUAUAUAAUAAUAUGUAAUUGAUUUUAGUUUGCUCCUGGAAUUUACUGGCUGUUAUCCAUCAGGAUUUUGGCUGCUCAGACAACUCAUUUGGCCUUGUUACACUACUUUUUGGCUUCCUCCACCCUGAUUACGGCUCUUUUGUGGAUAUUAUUUUACAGAGAUGACCCUCAAAGUCAUCGCUGGGUUAAUGGAAUCGAAUUAAAUCGAAUUGUGACCGGGAAAACUCAGGUAAAUAUAGUUAUAAAAUAUAAGCAUACUAUGACUGUUUCGAAGUAAUCGUAUUUUUUCAGCAGCAAAAUCGAGUUCUGGACACGAAUGUGAUCCCAUUGCUGCUUAAAAGUUACAGUACCUGGUCUGUUUUACUUGCCGCAUUCGCCUAUUUCUCUGCUAUUAUUUUCUUCGCAACUUUUUUGCCGAUCUACUUAUUAAAGGUGCUGAAGUUUGAGAAGUUAUGUGCCCUCACUUCGAUUACUUUUUUGGCUCCGGUGAGUAUUUAAUUACCUAAAAUAAUAUGAUUAAUCCCUUUUUAUUUCAAGCGCAUAAUUUCAGGCAUUUGUCCAUCUAUUCUCAGUGAUAUUCGACAAGAUGUUAAGUGGUUGUUCUGCCAAGUUGAAGGCCAACUUCUUCAACUCAUUUGCCUUUAUCGUUUCGGCCAUCUUUCUCUUUGUUUUGGCUGCUAUUCCCCCUAACGAACACUUUGCUUACAAGUAAGUGCUGUUAAGUCAACGACUCACUUGUUAUUUCAGUAGCAAAUGGAUCCUCAUGGUCUCACUGAUGCCCAUCGGCUUCACUUCCCUCGGGUUUCUCUACCAUGCUGUAGUGUAUGGUCGUUACUUUACGCAAUAUAUCAUCUCCGCCUUCCAAAUCCCCCUCGGCCUGGCCUUGGCUUGGGUUCCUGGACUGGUCUUGUUCUUGACUGUCAAUAAGUAAGUUUCGUACACCAUGAUGUUCUUGUUGGCUUUUCACACUCGUAUAUUUUUAAUAAUUUAGUGAGACCAAGUUCUGGAGAUUAAGUAUUUUGAUUUUCUCCGCUCUUUUUAUCCUCGGGGCCCUGAUCUUUGGAGUUCUUAGCCGUGGACAACCAGCUAGAUGGGCUGAACAUUCUUGGGAUCCCUCGAAUGAAUACAAAAUGAAAGACUUUAAUCCGAUCAUCGGGACCGAGGAAUGUGGAUUGUUAUCCAUCAGGAAAAUAGAUGAGCCUCAGGACUCGAACUGCUAA